AUGAGAUAUUUCGCACCACAGCAAAAGUCUCCUACCAAUAUCCAAGGUACAGAUCGGAAAAACGAGUCCAAGAAAAAUGAGACUCACAGCUCUUCAGUGCAUGGCGCCGAAAAUCUUUGGAAAAGGUUUUCUGUCCGGAUAUUUUCAGUGUCUAGCGAGCACACAAGUGAGAAUGUCGCUGAACGGCUUCUAGACGACGGUCGGUCAUCCCGUUGGGAUGCAAAAAUGCUUGACACAUGGUUCUAUGAGAUCUGUGCUCUUUGUUUUAGUACUUUGUGUUUCGUUGCCAUACUGUGUGUUUUGCGAGUUUACGACCAGAAACCUACCCCGAAGCUUUCCAACGGCCUCACUUUGAAUACUGUGAUCUCAGUGCUUGCAACUGCCUCCAAGUCGUCUUUGAUAUAUGUCGUGGGAGAAUCCAUUGGUCAAUUAAAAUGGAUCUUCUUCCAUACAGCUUCAAACCCGCUUUCCUACAUGCAGGCCUACGAUAGUGCAAGCCGGGGGCCAUGGGGCUCCUUGAUGAUCCUCUUCAAGGACAAAGGCCGCUCGCUUGUGACUAUCGGCGCUCUGAUCACUAUUUUGGCCCUGGUGUUUGAUCCGUUUGUGCAGCAGGUCCUGACAUAUCCUGUCAGAGAGACAAUGAUUCAGUCUGAUUCCGUGAUGACUGAAAGAUCACGGAAUCUUAUGCCUGGAGAUAACAACGUGGACUUCACAGACGCGAUUAAUAUUGCGUUCUGGACUGAUAACUUUUCGUCAAACCCAACCUGUCCGUCUGGCAAUUGCACUUGGCCGCCGUUUCUGUCCGUUGAUCUAUGCAGAAACUGUGAAGACAUCACUUUGAGCGCAGAGCUCGUGGGUUGUGAGGACGUUCCUUUCAACACAAGCCUCAAUGCAAACCAAUCAGUGGUGUGCAGUGUCAGCGUACCUCAGGGACGCUGGGCAUCGGUUCCGUUCGGGAUCUUACCCCUUUACGGAAACGAUCCCUCUCUCGAAGAAUCCGAUUUGGCAUUUGUCAUGUUUCCUCCCAAAGAUAUUGUUUGGACAGUCGACAGGUUAUUCCCGGACAGCCGCUAUCUACCCAACAAAACCUAUAGUGGAUCUCAUCCCGAGAGUGGGCUCAAGAUCAGCAAAGUCACCCAGUGUGCGCUCUCGCUUUGCGCACGAACAUACAACGUAUCAGUAUCCGGUGGAAAUCCCAACAUUGGCUUCUCAACACCAGAUUACGGAAUGUUUUCCAUAUCUGAUCCCUUCAAUCUCAAUGACAUAUGUUGGAAACCGCAUGGCAUGGGUCCGCCAGUCAAAGACAACCAGUUCCAGGGGUCCUUUAAGAACGAGACCGAGUUUGCGUUCUGUCCGGCACUUAUACUUCUUGACUAUGACCUUCAGCUACAUGGUACAUCAGCAUAUACCUUAGAAUGGCGAAAUUCCGACCCUGGGUGGCUUUUUCGGCGUCUAGACCAACCCUCUUCUCCAAAUAUGCAGAAGAUUAUAACGUUGGGCUUGGAGAAGGUGACGGAGAAUUUAGCGGCGUCCAUCACGAAAUUCGGUCGCACUAUCGGCAACGAAACCGUGACUGGAAUCAUGGCUAUAAAUCAGUCUUUUGUCACUGUACACUGGCAAUGGCUGACGCUUCCAGCUCUUCUGAUUAUUCUCGGGAUUGUUCUUCUGCUUUCAACGAUUCACUUCAAUAAGACGAAUCUCUGGGGGAAUUCUUCGCUUGCUGCUCUUUAUCACGGAUUGGAAAGUGGCCCAGUGGCAGAAAAUGAUUCUCUCAGCGGGAUGGAACAAACGGCAAGCAAAGUCAAGGCGAGAUUAGGAAUUUCUGAGACAAGCGGUGCGUUAGUACUUCAGAUACAGAAUCGAUAA